GUCUUGCCAAAUAAAAACUAGCAACCACUAGCCAAUUGUCAUCAGACGUUAACUUGGUUUUUGUCCGAAAAGAUCCACACCAGCACUUGUACUCCUUGCAAUUCCCUUUUUGGAAUAAUUAAUAUUAUUAAGUUAUUAGUUACACCCUUAAAAUGUGGCAUCUAAUGUCGUUGACAUUAAGUUUCCUGUGUUACUUGUCGGCGAUAAAUCGUAGCGACGCUGCUCCAAUCACCGAUGUCGGCGAAGUAACGGUACACCCGGCGAGAUUCGGCUAUUUAGACCUGGGAUAUCAGAACUCUUCGCAUUCCCCAAUCCUUUUAGCUGAAUCUUUCAGGAAGGUAAUCGAAGAUUUUCAAUCCUUUGCUGGAUUGAAUAAAACGGGUAAACUUGAUACGGAGACGAAGAAAUUUAUGAAUAAACCGCGUUGUGGUGUUCCGGAUCAAGUUCGCCCUGGUUCUUCCAGCACUCGCCAGAAACGAUUCACACUUCAAGGAAGCAAGUGGCCUAAGAAACAAUUGACUUAUAAAAUUAAGAAAUACACGACGGAUAUGAGCAAAUCCGACGUGGACCGUGAGAUUGCCAGAGCCUUUCAGAUGUGGGCGGACGUGACCGAUUUGACCUUCGUCCAUCUCAACAAUGAAUCGGCUAACGUCGACAUCGAAAUCCUUUUUGCGUCUGGAGAACAUGGUGAUUGCCCAUCCUUCAAUGAUGGCCCGGGUGGCACUUUAUCACACGCUGCCUUUCCUGUAAACGGAGGUGAUACUCAUUUUGACGAAAGCGAAACCUGGACUCUCAACUCUGAUAAAGGAACGAAUUUAUUCCAAGUAGCUACUCACAGUAUCGGUCACUCUUUGGGACUGGAACACACAAACGUGACUAAGGCUGUGAUGCAUCCAUAUUACGAGUAUAGUUCUGAUUUCAAAUUAGAUAAGGACGAUAUUGAAGGCAUUCAGCAACUAUACGGGGAAAAACCGUCGUGGAAAUUAGCAAUUGAAUUAAUAAAAGCCACGAAAGAAGAAUGGACGGAAACGAAAAACAAAUUGGAAGCGGAACUCAUAGAGACUAAAAAGGAGUUGGAAAAGACAAGAGCCGAUUUAAGCAAAACCGUCGAUCUCUUAUCAACAAAUCUAAACGCCAGAACGAGCGAAAUAGUUGACAUUGGUCGCAUGCCAACCUCCUGCACAGAUCUGCAGCGAAUGGGGUAUAAACUGAGCGGAUUCUUUCUGGUGAAAGGAUCGAAGAAGAUGGAAACAGUUUACUGCAACUUUUACUCUAAUGGAAAAGCUUUGCAGAGAAGAAUCGGAUACGCCGACGUCAAAUCAGCGUCCGUCCAUUUCUACGUCCAAAGAAGUUCUUCAUUCAACUCAACUGGAAUUCCGAUUCCGUUCACUUUGGCGCGGGUUAACGAGGGAAAUGCCCUGAAUUUAACAUCAGGAAUAUUCACGGCACCGCGACAGGGAACUUAUUACUUCUCCUUCACGGGAGUGGCGGAAUUUCCGGCUUCAUCAUCUAAAGUUUGGCUGGGAGUUGGUCUUUAUUUGAACGGGGGCCGAAUCGGGGUGGGUUAUGUUGAAGAAGCCAAAACCUCAGGUUAUCAUUUCACCCCGUUGACCCUUCAGUCGACGCUGAAAUUGAAAAAAGACGAUCGAGUCUGGGUGGGAAUUGAUUUGAUGUCGUUAGGGGCGCAUCUAGUUGACACUCUUGACAGCGGUAACCACCACACUCAUUUCACGGGUUUGUUAUUGGAGGAGGAAAUAGUCGCCUCCCUUUGAGAAAACGAUCAUCCGAAAUGCGCAAAAUAAUCUUCGACUGACAUUCGACACGAAAAACGAAAUUUGUUAUAAUGAGGAGGAAUGAAGGAAAUUUAAUCGCUUAUAAUUCAUUUAAAGGAGAGAUUUCUCCACACACAUUCUACUUUGUAUUCAAGCAGACUUAAUAAAUAUAUAAACAAAU